AUGGCUGAAGGUGAAGUAGUACAGAUCUUAACGAGUCAGCUAAACCAGUUAAUAAAUACUUUACACUCAUAUGACGUUGAUAAUGAAAAAUUACAAGCAAUAAUUGAUUUGAAAAGAUGGAAAAAAACGAUGUUAACAAUGAUCGAAAAUACAUUUGAAACAAAAAUGCAUGAAAUUGAGACUAUAACAAACGAUUUAAAAAAUGAAUUAAAUAAAUUUAAAGAAACAAAAACUGAUGAAAUAAAUAAACUACAAAAAACCAUUGAUCAAUUACGUAACAAUCAUAAACAAAAUGAGGCAACUGUUCAACAUAUUCAUGCUGAUUUAGAAUCAUUGACAAGAGAAAUAGAAUCUUUUAGAUGCGACGUUGUUAUUCGAUCAAUUACGGAAGAUGAAAACUUUGACACAUCAAUUAACGUUAUUAAACCAGUUAAUGUCGGCUGUGAUGUUAAAGAUAAAGAAUUAAAAAAUGAUUUGGAAACCAAAGACAAACGAAUAGUGAGUAAAGUUGUUACGAAUGGAAGUCAUUUGGCUAUAGGUUUAGCUAAAACAUUAGUGACUCACUGUACAACUACAGCAGUAGGCACAAGUACUCUAGCUGCAGCAAGUAUGGCAAAAACGGCAGCGGUCGCAACAGUAUGUGGAGUAGGUGUUGCAGCUAUAGGCCUCGGAAAAGUAGCGGCUCGAACAACUCGAGGAGUAAUGUCUUUGCUUGGCGGUGAUGGUGACAACUAA